GGUAUUUCAGUCUGCGACUUCCUUAUACAGACAUUUCAGAGUGUGUUAUGAGCUAUAACCGCAAAACACCGUGUCAGAGUUUCACCCGUUAGAAAUACAAGAGCUUUAAUUUGCUUCGAACGCGGAACUACAGCAACCUUCUUGUGAAACAUCUGUGUAGGCUAUACGUUCUCAGUCGGUUCGCCCGCAGCACUUGCGUUCUCUCGGCCGGGUUUCACUCCAGACAUGGCUGCGAAAGUGUGUAGGUCGGUCCUCCUCCUGUCCCGGAGCAGCGGAGCCGUAGCCUCUUCUGCUCUUCCCGCAUUCGGUGUCUCCUCACAGCGACAUCAUCAGAGCACACGAACGGAGACGCUGUCCAUUUCUCUUGGAAGUCACCAGACUGUCAGGAGAGCACACGGUCUGAGAACAGGAGCCAGGUCUGCUCUCUUCUGUCACCCCAGUGCCACUCUGACAGCCCAAGGCUGGAAGGGCUCCCCCUCAUGGCAGGGUCAAAGACUACUGUGUUCACCCACUGCGACAGAAGACGUUACAGUGGCGUAUCAGAAUGGCUUGCCGGUGAUCUCUGUACGUCUGCCGUCCCGACGGGAACGCUGCCAGUUCACCCUCAAACCCUUGAGCGACACGGUGGGUGUUUUCCUUCAGCAGCUGCAGGCGGAGGACAGGGGCAUCGAUAGAGUCGCCAUCUACUCUACAGAUGGAGCAAGAAUAGCGUCCUCUACAGGGAUUGACAUUUUACUUAUGGACAGCUUUAAGCUAGUCAUUAAUGACACAACAUACGUGGUGCAGCCGCCCAGGAGAGAUCUGCUACCGCACGAGGAAGCAGAACGACUGAACGAUGUCAAGCUCUUGGUGCAGCAGCUCUACAGCACCCUGCGCAUAGAAGAUCAUCAGCUCACCAAAGAGAGAGAGCUGAUUGGACGACUGGAGGACCUCAACUCUCAGCUCCAGCCCUUGGAGAAGGUUAAAGAACAGCUGAGUAAGAGAGCCGAGCGCAGGACUACAUGGGUGCUGUGGGGUGGGAUGGCAUACAUGGCCACACAGUUUGGCAUUCUGGCACGGCUGACCUGGUGGGAGUACUCAUGGGAUAUCAUGGAGCCCGUCACGUAUUUUAUCACCUAUGGUACAGCAAUGGCUAUGUACGCUUACUUUGUGCUGACACGUCAGGAAUAUAUUUACCCUGACGCCAUGGACAGACAGUACCUGCUGUUCUUUCAUAAGGGUGCGAAGAGAACACGCUUUGACAUUGAGAAGUACAACAAACUGAAGGAUGCGAUUGCUGAGGCGGAGUUGGAUCUAAAGCGUCUUCGAGACCCGCUGCAGCUGCACCUCCCUGUCCAGCAAAUCAUUGCCAGCAAGGACUGAUGAGAACCUGAACACCCUUUCUGCCUCUCUCUCUCUCUUACUUCAUUCUCUUCUGCCUUUUUGCAUUUUGUUUUCUGUCUCUUUUAUCUCUACAACAUCAAUGAAAAACCAUAUCCACAGCAGGCUUCAGCAGGAGUUUUAUUGUUAUCCUUUUUAUUGUUUUCCUUCAUUUGGCAAGUCUAUGCAGAGGAGAAGAGAUACAAUUAAAUGAAACGACUAAACUCCAUCCCUGAACGGAUGGUGACGACAGAUGCUCUCCUAUCGCACACAGAGAAACGCACAGCUACUUCAGACAGGAAGUUGAGACAUUGGGAUUCAACCAGUUCAUCGCUAUGAGACAAUGACCCCACGUCUUGCAUGGGAAACAGACUCUGAAAUCUAAAAAACAUCUGCCCUUGUUUUUGUGUUUUUCCACAGUGGAGUACUGCUGAUAUCCCUAACUCUGACACUUUUGCAGACAAGAUUUCGGGAUGUGGUGCUCUUUUCCGUCUCGGAAAAGAUCCGUUUACCAUCAAGCCAAGUCCUCUUGUGACUGAAACGCCUGUAUCCUACAGCCUAAGCAAAACCCUCUCCUGAUUCCUUCUCGCUUCCUGUAUGGACCUGUUAAGAGCUGAAGACAGAUCUAACAGCUAAAAUAUCACUGUGUGUUCUAUUAUUCCAAAAAAGAAAAAGAAUCAAAGAAUUUUGGCACUUUUUAUUUUAAAAGCCAUAUUAUGUUUAUGAUGAUAAAAAAAGAGAGAAAUGAGCAGAAACUUUUCUUCUUCUCAUUAUUAGAUUUUUUUUGCCACCAGACAUUACAUAUCUGCAGAUGCUCUGAUAUUUUAUUUUAUGAGAUUCCCAAUAUCAACGAUGCUCAAAUGUUCCAUGCCUAAUGCUUUUUUCUUUAGAAAUAUGAUAUACUCGAUCAGUUUACAUGGUGAUGAGAAACGCACAUACACAUGGUUGCUUGGCAGAUGGAUCCUCUUUUAAGGUCUUCUCUCUUCUCUAUAAAUCAUCUUUCGAACAUCAUCAAAUGACAUUUUCCCACAGUGCCUCACAGCAUCUGCUGCAGCGUGCUUAUUACGAAACACCUGUUUAUCAGACGCAAUCCAAGAAAAUUUCCCAUCGAAUGGUCUUAAGGCAGGUCACUGUGUAAAAUGCGAUUUAUUUUUCUGGAAAAGCGUUCCGGGUGCGAUCAAUUUCCCAUCAGUCGUGUGGCGUUUUUAGCUGCAUAUAUCUGCCUCGAUAUGCCAAGCCUUCUGGAACAUGCAGAGAACGUGUAAUAUAUUAGAUCUAGAAUUAGCGUGUGUUUUGCACACUUCGUGGCAUGCUAUAGAGAGAGAGUGUCGCAUCCUUUGUCUAUGUGUGCUAUCUUUAGCCGACAGGCCUUAGUAAUGAUUCUAGCUGGGUUGAGCUGAUCAUCAACAUUGUUUUCAUUCGUUUUUUCCCCAUGCAUCUUCAGUCCAGUUAUUACAUGAGAUUAUAUAUAUAUAAAUAACCAUUUCCCUGGUCGCCCAGACUUUUUGAAUCUGAGGGAUGUGAAAUGGACUUGACCCUGGUUGUUCUCUAACAAAAUGAUCAUAUCAAGACAAGCCUUGAAAUAUUUUUUUGGGCAGUUAUCAUAAAUCUUAUUGUCUAUUAUGGGUUUGCCUUACACACUCAGACCCCCGCAGAGAAAUAGCUAUGUUGUUCUAUAGCUAUGUUGUUCUAUCCUUAUGUCAGACUGUCCAUGUUUGUGCAUGUGGUCGUCAUUAAGCAUUUUUAAAGCCAUAUUCAUGUUGUGUCUGUGUCUCUAGAGGUGGAGGGAUUACAGGGCGAGACUCCAGCCUACAGCUUUGACAAACAGAACAUUUAAGAGAUACUGUAAUUCAUCCAAAGAAAGAAUGUUCUGUGCAACUCAAAAGGAGAAAUUUAGCAGUUCAUUUCCGUACAACAUUCUUACUGACCACAGAAGCCACAAUUAACAGUUUUGAGGGACAGAUAGAAUUUUUUUCUAAACUGUCAAUUGUGUUCAUCUUUAGAUUCAAACGGUGAUGUUUCAUGUUUCAGAGUUGCAGUACUGGGGAAGAUUUUCAGAAGUUGAUAACUGCAAGAGAUGGUUCAGCCAAAAAUGGAAAGUUUGUCUAGGUUUACUCAUCCCUCGUGUCAUUACUAACCCACAAGACUUAAAUUUCUUUAAAACAGAAAUAAAGAUAUUGUUGACAUUCAGUAAUUCAUUAAUAACAUUCAUUUUGUCAGUGAAGACUUUGACGUGUCAGAAAGCACAAAAACACAUUUGUAUGAAUCAGCUGGUUUAGUUCAAGUUUUCGGAAGAGACUUUAUAUGAUGAAGAGAUUUAAUAAAGGCUUUUAUUAAUGUACAAAUUAAUUAAUUAAUUCAAUGCACAUACAUAGAGCGGUGUUGAUCAAAUAAAUUGAUUGUGUCUCCUCAUGAGACUUGGAUUAAAUCUCUUGAUUCUUAUGGAUUACUUUUAUCACCUCUUUUUUUGAACUUUUUGAUGGAUCAGUGUUUUUGUUGUGUGGAAUUUCAAAGAAUGGACACAAGUGAUGAGAGAAUGCUAAAAAUGUAGUCAUUUGCUGUUUUGUAGAGUCUUAUGGGUUUGGAAUGACAUGAGGGUGAGUAAACAUUGAAAGAAUUUACAUUUUAAAUUUCAGUCUGUUCCUCACAGAAAGCUAUUGUAUUCAGGAAACCUGUAAUAUAGCAUUUGAGUCAUAUAAACAGUUACUUUUUUUUUUUGUAGCUUGACAGACAUGGUCACUAUGAACUGAGGUCACUAAGAAAUGUGAAAAUUCUUCAAAAAUUCACUGGACAAAAAAUAAUCCCUUUGGGUUUGGAAUGGCAUUAUGGUAAAUAACAACAGACCUUUUUGGGAAGGGAAAGUGUAAUCCAGGUUAUCAUAAACCAAAUGGUGGUUUGCGGAUUUUGCAUGUCUGGCUAAAGUGUAAGCGUUGUGAUGGAGGCCCUUUAACAGUGACUAUUUAUUGUUGAUGAGGAGUUCAGGUCAAUGGUAGUUACUCAGUGUGCCUUGAGUGAAUUACAUUGUGAUUUAACACCGCAAGACCUGAACUGUAGGUGGUUUUUAACAGAUAACAGCCUGAUAACUGCAUUAUGUCUGACCCAGCUGCUUUCAGUGGAGAUGCUUCACUUUUUUAUCUGAGUUUGAACUGGGUUUAUCAGACUGUAUGCCCUAUUAACUGAAAUUUAAACUGGACACAUGCAUAUCUUAUUUUAUUUUCAUAUUUUACAUUCAUAUUUUAUUGGUCCUGAAAUAACAUUGAGGCACAGUGCUGAAGCUAAGCAUUAAUCACCCUGAAGGAAAUUAGCAGCUGAUUAUACAAAUGUUCAUAAUCCUAAACCUAAACCUCAAAACUGGUUGAAUGGGAUGUCAUUCUAGGAUCAAUAAAGGAUGUUAAUGGAAGGCAGAAUCAAGGUCGCUGUCCACAUUUGUGACAAUAUGCAGUUGGUGUCAGCAUCUCGUCUCAGACUUUUUGAAUUUUCUAUUCAUGCAUAAUCUUCGUCCAUAGCAAUUCAUCAUGAGCAUAAAAACAUCCAUUCUUCCUCUCUUAUGUGAUCAACAGUCAGGCCUAAACACACUCCAAAGUUAUUUCAGGGCAAAAACUCAACAAUCUCACUCUCUAGGAUGCCCAGUACACUGACAUCCCUCGACCUCUAAUAGGUCUUGGGUCUGGUCAUUAUCUGAUACGUUGAACUUCGUUUAGUUUAGUUGUAGGGUUUUCUGUUUGUUUCAGGGUUUUUUAAAUAAUAAUAUAUCAAAUAUAUGGAAUCUAUUCUAAAGCGGGUGUUGCAUGAAUGUAUGUUUACAUGGGGAAAUUAUAUAUAAAUGAAUUUAAAAAGCAAAGAUUAUUAUGAAUGCUGAUUGCAGAUUGCAGAGUUAGAUUUUUUUUCCCCCACCCAAUCCCUCACCCUCCAUGACCCAGCAGCAAGGAUGCUCUCGGCUGCUACACAGGCUCUGAUUGGUCAAGGAUCUCCCCUUCAUUAUGUCUUGUUUUAUCCUCUCUCAGUCUCAAUGCUGCAAUCUGUGCAGUGCUGCCUUUAUUCUGAACACUGAUCUGAGAUCAGAGAGUAUGGAAGACCUGACCUUCUUGAACACCCCUCGCUCCAUCCAUUUGCCCGUCUUUCUUUAACUCCUUAUUA